CUCGAUUUCAAGCGCCUACCUCCCCAAUCUUGUAGACACACACUUUCUCCCUCUUCUUCUCUUAAACACACACACCCUCCCUCUUCUUCUCUUAAACACACACAUCCUCCCUCUUCUGCUUCGGCAAGGUAACAGCAUUACGUCCACGUCCAUCCCCCAAUCCUUACACACCAUGGCACCUCCAAUUCCGGAGCGCUAUAGUUCUCUCGUCCCCCAGGGCCGUCAAAGGGAAGUGGAACAAUUGACCAGUCGCUCCGUAUCCGCACAGACAACAGUGUCUCGGUUGUCGACCACAAGCUCUACCUGUGAUUUCAUUGAUGCAAAGAUUGAGAGCAUCUCAUCAGAUCUUGCCAUCAAUGCCAAGUUCAAAGAGUAUUUUGAAAGCGCCAGAAAAAGGAAGGCCUUCACUGAUGAAGAAUACGACGACGCUAUGAGAGAUUUGAAGUCGGAAGUUGACCACAAGGAGCGAGAGUUACUGAUUCUCAAACGCCAGAAGAAGGCAGUCUCCGAUGAUGUGGAUGAAGUCUUGCCACAUUACACAACGAUCGAGGAUGCAUACUCUUCUGUGUUGAUGUCGAAGAUCAUGUCUGCGUCUCACAAGCACGGGAAAGGAAAGCCAUUCGAUCAGCGUGCAUUUUCUAAGGCAGUGCUCUCAUUCUACGGUGCAGAGCGGCUUACAGACGCUGGAUCCGUUGAAAAAUACUGUCAUCUCACUGGAUGGCAGCCCGGGAACUAUGUCAAGUGCGCCCAUCUUGUCCCAAAAUCUUUAGAGUCAGAGCAGCUUGCAUAUCUCUUCGGCGUUCGUGACACUGUUCUGUCUGAGGCUCGUAAUGGAAUUACCCUGAAUCGUAAUAUUGAAAAUGGCUUGAUUAAUGGUGUGAUUGUGAUUGUUCCUGAUAAGCCAAAGGAAGGCCAAGAGACCAUUUGGAGAUGCGUACUGGUAGACCAGUCAGUAGCCUCUAAUUUUUGUGCCACUGGCAUAACGUGGAGAGAGAUUGACGAAAAGGCGCUUGAAUUCCUGACAUCUAACCGACCAGCUCGCAGAUAUCUAUAUCUGCGAUAUGUCAUCACUUAUUUACACCAACAGAAGCUUGGAAAUCUCGGAUGGUUGAAUCGUGUACAGGCAAGAGGCUACUUCUGGGCAACACCAGGCCCAUACCUCCGAAAGUCAAUGCUGCUCACCCUGGCAAAGCGAAUCUCUGACCAGUUUUUACCCGAAGUCUUCUAUGAGUCGACAUUUACUACUGCAGAGGGUUGCCCGCAGCGCAGCGCAGAAGAGGAGGAGGAGCUCGCUAUGGGACUUGAUCAUAAGAUGCAAGAGAUGCAAGGCGCUCUAGGUGAAAUGGCUGGACUCGGAGAUGAAGAUGGAAGUGGCGAUGAAGAUGGAAGUGAGUGGAAUAGUGACUAACUUGGCCGCCUGUAAAUAGUAGGCUGAGCCAUAGGCCGCGUCUCUCCAUAGAUUAGAUAGACUGGUCUCUUAUUAUGGGCCUACCUAAAUUUACUCGCGACUUGUCAUC